AUGAAGCUUCUGCAUUUUUUCAUUGCUCUCUGCGGCUCCUUUUUCAUAGUGAAGCUCGCCAGUCCGGCGUUCCAGCUCGUCCACUCGGGCCUGCAGGAGGUCACCUUUCACAGCGUUUCCUCAGCUCCUCUGCUUGUCGUUCCCUGCACUCCAGAGAGGCUUGCAGAUCCUGAAGCUGAGCUCUCAAAUUUCCCGUCUCCUUCUCUUUUAAACAGUCUUAAGAUUUUCCAGGAGCUCCUCCUGCUGUCUGAGCUCGGACUGGUCAAGCUCGAUGCGGAGGUUCUCAGCAACACUGCAAGGAGAAGGUUCUCCCAGUUCACCAAGCAGGCUGUGACUCGGCUCUGGGACUGGGAGAAACUCCUGCGCCUGCAACAAAAGAAACAAACAAACACAGAGGGCCCUGCUCAAACGGCUAGAAUAUUCACAACCUCCUGGAAGAAAAUGGAGAAACCUGUGGAAACUACCACUGAAUAUUUGGUGACUGAUUAUUAUGACAAUGAGUAUGAAGAUGACAGCUGCAAUAAAACGGAUGUGAUUGAAUUUGGAGCAGUCUUGACACCCGUGUUUUUCUCCACUGUGAUUAUCUUAAGUUUUUUUGGCAACAUCCUGGUCCUUAUCAUUCUUGUCAAGUAUGAGAACAUCAGAUCCAUCACCAACGCUUUAAUCCUGAACCUGGCUAUAUCGGACCUCUUUUUCACGACUGCUCUGCCCUUCUGGGCGCACUAUCACAUCUACGGCUGGACAAUGGGGGAGACUGCUUGUAGGAUUAUUAACUUAAUCUUUUACAUUGGCUACUGCAGCAGCAGCUUCCUCCUAGUCUUGAUGACUGCUCAUCGCUAUGUAGCGGUCAUGAGCCCUUUGUCUGAUAUUGUUUCCACCACUGGCCUCUCCAGCAUCAUAGUCAGUGUUAGUGUUUGGGUUAUAAGUAUCUUGGUUGCCCUUCCAGCAUGCAUUCAUACAAAAGUUAUUGAGGACAUUAAACCGAACUACUGUGGAUUUGUGGAAUCCCAGUGGAAAUUGUGGGAAGUUUACCAACAAAAUGCUCUGUUUAUACUGAGUUCAGUGGUAUUCAUAUUUUGCUACUCUCAGAUCCUUUGCAAGUUGCUGCGACGUAAUCCCCAACGGAGAAGACAUAAAACAUUAAAACUAAUUUUUAUUCUAAUAAUAGUUUUUUUCUUUGGAUGGGCUCCAUACAACAUAGUAAUAUUCUUACGGUCAGCUUUCGAAAAACAACAGUCUUUUCCCACAUCAGAAUCUCGUAAAGACAUGUGUGAAACUAGCAAAAGGUUAGAUUAUGCUCUGUACAUUUCCAGGCUCCUCGCGUUUUCACACUGCUGCCUCAACCCAGUGUUUUAUGUGUUUGUGGGGGUUAAAUUCAAAACUCAUUUGAAGAAAAUGCUGAUGAACUGGGGCCAAAACAACGGCGGCAGAUCAAAUAGACAGAGCCGAUUGACAAUCACAUCUAUAACUAGUGGGGCUUUUGAAAGAUUUACCAUGAACAUCUCUUCUAGCUACGAUGAAGUGUUCAGCACGGAAGAAACUGUGUUUAUUUGUGAGACACCUGACUGUUCAACCAUCUCCGGUGCCUUUUUUAUCUUGAUCUGUAUCCUUAGUGUUAUUGGCAACAUCCUCCUGAUAUGUGUUCUUGUCAUGUAUGAAAACCUGAAAAAUGUCACCAAUAUCUUUGUCCUGAACCUGGCCUGCUCCGACUUGAUCUUCACUGCCACGCUUCCAUUCUGGGCUGUGUAUCACCUCCACCACUGGAUUUUCGGGGACUUUUUAUGCAAAUUCUUCAUUUGGGCACACUUUGUUGGCCUGUACAGCAGCGUUUUCAUACUGACGGCCAUGACUGUGGAUCGUUUCAUUAUUGUGGUCCUGCACAACUGGCCAAACAACUGUCGGAGACAGAGACUGUAUGUGGUUGUUUCCUGCACAGCCGCCUGGCUCAUCAGCUUUGCUGCAUCCCUGAGUGACGCCCUUAAAAUGGAGGUAUAUGAUUCGUUUGGGGUUCACUUCUGUGAAGGCACCUCUGAUGUUGGACCCCUAUUUUAUGUACAAGUAUCACUUCUUUUCUUCCUGCCUUUUCUCGUCACUAUUUUCUGCUAUUGUGCCAUCAUCAAGUCAGUUUUACAGUCUGCUAUUAAGGAAAGGCCUCGAACUGUAGCCGUUGUCCUGUGUAUUGUUGCUGCCUUCUUUAUCUGUUGGGGACCCUACAUUAUUUUACUUUUAGUAAGCUCUUUCUAUAAACCCAUUGCGUGUAAGGAGGUGAAAAGGUUAGCGAUUGCCUACAAUAUUUUUCGAGUACUCGCCUUCUCUCACUGCUGUAUGAACCCUCUGCUCUAUAUGCUCUCACAAAAGUUGCGAAAACAUCUGUUACGUCUUGUACGUUGUGAGUUCAUGUGGAGGAGGAGAGACGAGCGGGGCAUAGCUCAAAACACCUCUGUUAUUCAGAAUGUGGCUUUUACAGCUAACAACUCAGUAGUCAUGUUGUAAUUGCGCAAUAGUCUCUGCUCAGAUGAAGCAUUACCUCCUUCUGUACAUACUACAAUCACAUGAUACAUAGAUUUAUCAUUUCCAUGUUUUUUCCGGAUGUUUUGCAUAACAUAUUAUACUUAUGUGGGUUUGCUUCCAUAGUGUUUGUGUCAAAUAAAGUCUGCUUGUGAAAAA